CGGACGACGAUUUGAGUAUUUAGUUUCGGUCUAACACGCGGUCGGUGCGGUCGUUGUGAGCGUGCGCCCUCUGUCUGACAUUGGCUGAAACUCGCACAAAUAUACUGUCCAAUCUAAUGUGCAUUUAAUGGGAAAUAUUCGAAAUUUAUGAAACAAAAUGUGUAGAAUGCAGUGUUUGUUCGCUAUCCUCGCGAUCACGAUCAACCUAGUGAACUCCUGGGAUAUCGCUAUAACUACUGGGGACCAACUAGAAUUUUAUACGAAUCAAACAAAAACGAGCAAUGAAGGGAUCAGAUUUAGAGAUCUCACAGCAUUAGCGUACGACGCGGUUCACAACAUGCUGUUAUUUGUCGAUAAGCAAAAUGACAAUGCUUCGAUAUUUAGCUACAAUUUACUCACUAGGAAAUAUCAACCUCUAGUUGGUCGGAGAUCUUAUGAAAAUAUUCAAGGAUUAGCUUUCGAUCCUGUAACGGGCAAAAUGUUCUGGACCGAUACUAACGAGAGAAGUGUAUACUGGAUAUCACUUUGGCCGAGACCGAAGAAUAACAUCUACGGUAAUCUCUUAAUAAAAAUGGACGACGAAAUCCCGAGAGACAUUGCCGUUGACAGUUGUAGGGGUUAUAUUUACUGGACGAACACCAACAUUACAAAACCUACAAUCGAGAGGGCACGUUUCGACGGCAGUGAAAGGAAGAUUAUCGUUGACACUAAUAUCCACAUGCCCGUCAGUAUCGCGAUAGAUCAGAGAACGAAGCGCCUAUACUGGGCCGACGAUAAAGAAGGCAUUCACUACUCCAUUGAAUCGUCAGAUUUAGAGGGAAAAGAUAGAAAGACAAGAUUAGUCGGAACUUACCACCAGCCGAACGCUUUAACCGUAUCGAAAGAUAAUAUUUAUUGGGUCGAUUGGGGUUUUAAAUCAGUUUGGAAAUUGUCAAAGAACGCUCCUCCUAAUACAGAACCUGAAGAAUUGAUAGCUUUCAACAACGAGGUUCCUUUUGGAAUCGUAGCGAAUUAUCAAAUAGCGGACCAAACGGCUGGUGUUACCGAUUGCACGGUACUGGCUGGUCUGUCCGAAAACAAGACUCUUAUCAAUGAAGCAAUGAAUAUUCCAAAGGACGUUGGCUUAUUUUGUCUGCACGGUGUUAAAACUGGCAUUUCUGAUUGUAAAUGCUCUCCCGGGUUUACUGGCGAGCGAUGUGAAAUAUCGGUUUGCCAAAAUUUCUGUUUUAAUGGCGAUUGUAGCGUCAACAACAAAGGUCAACCAGAAUGCAAAUGUAAACGAGGCUACAAAGGAACGAGAUGCGAAGCCUAUAUUUGUUCUCAGUACUGUUUGAACGAAGGCGUGUGUUCUUUGGGAAAUAAUGACAAGCUAGUUUGUAAAUGUACAAACGGCUUCGUUGGAGAACGAUGUGAAUCGCGCAAAAUUGAAGCCACAGUCGCACCGACUAUUGAAUCUUGCAAUUGCACAAAAGGAGAUAACGCCACAAGGAGUUUAGGAACUUCCUCUAACGAUCUUUACAUAGAUGAGAACUGCUCAUCGGGAUGGGACCCGAUACGAGAUCCCAUACUGAUGGUGCUUGGAACACUCUGUGGACUGCUUUGCCUCAUUUGUGCAAUGCUUAUAACCAAGAUUUUGUAUUUGAAGAGGCGCCCCAGGAUUAAGAAGCGUAUUAUUGUUAACAAGAACGUGACGCCGCUGACGGCGCGACCCGACCAGUGUGAGAUCACCAUCGAGAACUGCUGCAACAUGAACAUCUGUGAAACGCCCUGCUUUGAACCAAGAAACGCGAUACGACCGACUCUAGUUGAUGCAAAACCUGGUAAAGAAGAAAAGCGUAAUUUAAUCGCGAAUAUGGAACAAGACGAUAUUUAUUAAAAAAAAAAGAAAAUCAUAUCUUACGUACUUAUGUACUUGGUGAUGAGUCCAAAGGUUAUUGUGAUAUUCGAUGUAGGGCGCGAGAACCAUGUUAACGGGUUACGUUAAAGUUAUUUUGGUUUCGAUGGAUUGUAGGUUAUGAAUACGGGGUUGCCAUUUACAAAUUAUUUUUUGAUACUUAACACAGCAAUACCGUUAGUAGACUGUCAUAUUUUAAUGUUAUUAAGUAUGUAACUUUUAUAACCUAUGACCCCAUAGAUUUUUUAAGGCAGCUAAAAGUCCAAUAGAAUUAGAUUUUAAGCUAACCUAUUCUAAGGUUGUACAAAAGAUUGGAAUGUAUUUCGGAUUAUUGAUUUGAUAUGAUUUUUUGUAUCACAAGGUGCCUUUUCACAUGAUGUUCAUUUAUAAACUUAGCUAAACUCGGCUUCUAAUAGGAUUUUAUGAAAAUCGACAUUUAAAAAAUUCACGUACUUACUUUUAAUUUUAGUUGAAUUAUUAUUUUUGUUUGUUAUAUUUUUUUUAAUUUUUUUUUCAAAAUUCUCAAAUUCCGUAAAUUUGCAAGUUGAUCAUUAGGCGCAUUUACCUAUAUUUAUUUAAAUUAUUUUAUAAUUUUAUACUUAUCGUUCUUAGUGACAUGUUCAAUGAUAAAAAUAAGUUUUUGAAGUAAUCAAAAUUAUUUAAUUAUUUAUUAAUUUAGACUUGUAACAAAAUUAAUUUCAAUUAAUAAGUCAUUUUAUCCUGACAUCUUUAUUUUAUUUUUCAAAUUAAGAACAAGAUUUUAAAAAAAAAGCAAGUAAUUGUUGCAGUCUUUACGAAAUUAAAAUGCAGCAUAUCAAAAUAAAAAAAAAAGCGUAAAGGCCAUUUAAAUCUAUAACAAAAUAUAUCAAACACUUAAACUGUAUUACUUAAAUGAAAAAAAAUGUGAAAAUGUGUUUCAAUUCUUACGCUUUUGACAAUAAUUAACUUGAAACUUGCACCAAGCAAUAAAUACGUAUAUAAAUUGUCAUUCAAUAAUUUAAUAUAAUUUCAUAGUUUUAUUUAUUUUAAACACUUAACGAAUGAGCGAAAAUGGUCCCAUUGCUUUCAAAUUCUAAUAUUACCAACCCUUCAUCCUUGGAUUGAAUUUGAAUGUUGAAUAAUUUAUACAUAUUAACCGAUCAGAAUUUUCUCUUAAUUCGUGUUAAAUAUUUCCAUAUUAAUAAUAUAUAAAUUUACAUGGUUCAUAUAAAGUCUAUAAGCUAUAACGUAGUGUGAUUUUCAUUAUCAGUAGUAAAGAAACCAAAAUUGAAGGGUUUUUAGUUGUGUCAAACAAUACAGAUCGCUUACUGUAAAUAGAUUUAAAAUAUUUGUUAUUGUUUUAAGUUUUAAAAAGGGUCAUUACAGCUCACAACGUUUGCGUUGCGUUGGCCAUGUAAGGAUUGGUUAAGGUUAGCCCGUAUGUUCGCCGGGAACGUUAAGAAAAUAUUAAUAUUAAUAGCGACUUGUAUUAUUUCAAAAAACUAUAUUAAUAAUUACAGUUUUUGACUUUUUAUGAUUUCAGCAUUGCAAAUAAUAUUCAUAAGAAAAAUAAAAUGAACAAAUAAUUGUAUAUUUAUAUAAUUAUGGUAUUAAAAGUAAAAUUUUGUUGGUGUUAAUUUAAAUUGAAAGCAUUAUGGACCAUUUACCUUGUGAAUAUCCUACAUGUGCGUUGUUUAUUUAAACUUAAGUUUCCAAAUAAUAUUUGGUAAUAAUUUGUUAAACAUACAUUUAGAGUAAGAGUCUACGUUCCUAUAUUUGUAUAAUCAUUUUAAGUACCUCAGAGCAUUCUCGCUUAGCAUUCUAAAUUAGGUGUUCAAUAAAGACCCACCUGACAACUUUUUACAUGUGAAUACAUGACAUGCAACCAAUUUAUGAUGUAGUACGAAGGUUAUACUGCGUUUUGCUCCUGGUUGGUGUUGCCAACCCUGGCUAUACACAUGUUUGAAUAUAACAAAUUUGUAUGCCGUUUGUUAUAAUACUUGGUGUCAAAUUUUCUUUUUUUUUUUUGUAGAAUCUCACAAAAUUACUCGCAUCUACAUUUUCUUUUAAAUAAUUUGUUCAAAAUUUCUGUCUUUAUUUGGAUAUGUUACCACACUGUUGACCGUGAGAGGCACAUUCAUUUUCUGUUUCGCUUCAAACACUUAAUGUUGGUACUUAGUAUAGUUAGUUAAUUUAGUAUAACAUUUUUAUUAGAAUUAGCUUAGUUCGUGGAUUAAUAAUAUCCACAUCAGAAAUGUGAUAUUAUUGAGUCUUUGUAUGAGCCUCCAUUAGUGAAAACUUUUACAAAUAAAGUGCUUUGCAAAUUAAA